UUACGCCGCACGCUGUGCUCUCAACGGAUAUCACUGUAGCGGCAGCAUGGAUGGCACGUGAUUGGCCAAACGUGCCGUCGGUUCACCAAACACCAUGCCGGCCACGAACCUGUGGGCGGUGGACAGCACGGGGCGGGUGCACACGCUGUCCACUGCGGGAUCUCGGUGGCAGGAGCUACCUUACUCCGGUGUCGACUUGAAGCGGGUGUCGGCGCUUCCAAGCUGCGCCUGGGGCGUCGGAAGCGACCACCAGGUGUACAUGUACCUUCCCCAGAGCGACGUGCCCAUCAGAGUCGCUGAGGUCACUUACGAGAACCAGCGUUGGAACCCCAAAGAUGGCUUCUGUGCCCGCCUCCUGCCCACUGACCGGCCUUCUUGGAGCAGCCGGGACGGCCUCGUGGCCCGGUACAGGGAGAACAUCCAACUGCCAUCAUUGGGAUGGCAAUGGGAGGGGCGCUGGUACCUCGACGACAACAUGGAUGGCCAGCUGCUUGGGACUGAGGGCUGGACUUAUUCCGUGGACUUCCCGUUCACCUACACCCACGACAAGCACUGGAAUUCGAUGGUCCGCCGACGCAAGUGGAUUAGAUAUCGCCGCUACGUUGCCACUGACCGGUGGGCUGAGAUUGAGGGAAUUCAUUCAGACCCUGUCCAAGAACCGGUUGUUGACGUGUCCAUCGGUGGCGUGGAAAUUCCGGGUGGCGACCCGGAUCGCAUUGCCGUGUGGGUCGUCACCGUGCUUGGAAGGGUGUUCUUCCGUGAGAACGUCACACGACACUGUCCCGAGGGCACCUCCUGGGCUUCCGUGCCGGUUCCCCCAAACUCCGAGGUCAGCCAGGUCUCGGUUGGCCGCACCGGCCUGACCUGGGCGGUGGCGUGGAACGGGAACGCACUAGUCCGCCUUGGCGUGUCCCGCUACAGUUACAUUGGAACCGAAUGGACGGAAGUGGGCGCCCCUGACGCCGACGAGAAGUUGUUGCAAGUGGCCGUGGGCCAGAACAUGGUGUGGGCUGUCGGAAGAAAUGGAACGGUCUGGUUUCGCAAGGGCAUACGGUGUGACGACCUCGGCUGUCGGGCGUCCGUCACGGGAUCGGGCUGGGUCAAGAUGGUUGGCUCGAUGGCCAUGAUCAGCGUAGGCCCCAAUGACCAGGUUUGGGGCAUCACUCGCGACGACCGCCAGCUCUGCCUUCGGACGGGGGUCACACUUGAGGAGGCCAGUGGCCGGGAGUGGAAGGAGAUCGUGGCACCCCUCGGCAACGCUCCGAGCCGGACGGCCAGCGUGAGCUCGCUGACGUCCCUGGGCAGCCUCCGGCUGGCCACGCCUUCGUAUGUGGGGGUGGCGGCGGAGCGCGGCGACAAUCCGCCCCCGACACCGGAGCGCAAGAAGAUGUCUCGCCACAGCUCGCACUCGGAGUCGCCCUGCAGUGACACUGCUUCGACGAGGCAACAGGAAUCGACGGGCUCAUCUCCAAUGCAUAACCCUGCUGUCUCGGCAUUCGGCGACCUCUCAUCUUGCAUGAAUUCGACCUAUCCGGACGACUGGCCCACCCGAGCAGUCCACGACGUUGUUGGCUCCGUCACGUGGUCUUGGGUCAGCGGCACCGCCUGCACCAUCGACUUCCCCGGUGCCCUUCUCAACUGGUUCAGUCUUGCAGGUUCCACGGCUGACGAUGCAACCCGACACUUGGAGAAUGCGCAGUGGCGGAAGCUGGUGCUGCGGCGUCUCCGGGACCGCCGAAAGAAGGAGACCGACGACUACAACUAUGAUUCCGCAGUCGAAAAGUCCACGUGGGUGAAGUCAACGACCGCGCAGCUGUGGCGUGACACCCACCCGUGCCAGUGGGUUCGCUGCCGCAUCGAGCUAGAACGGCUCGGCUCGGAAGGGGAGGCGUGCGACCUGGCCAUCCUGAAGUUGCUCUAUCACCAUGCUGGUUCGGACCGAAGGAUGGCCCUGAACCUGGCAGAAGUGACGGCCGCCUGUGACCUGUCGGAUCCAAAGCGCCGCGUCCUGGGGAUCUACACAGAGACUUUGAACGAGAAGCGGUCCCACAUCAAGCUGGCAUUUGGCACUGACAACGAACUGGAAGACUGGAUAGCAACGCUGAACCUCGUGCCGUUUGGGAUGCGGGGCUUGACAGACAACGCCGCUCAACCUGGCGCUGCAUGGGGAGUCACAGAACGGGGUCACGUGUUUGUCCACGAAGACGGCGAGCCCAAGACGCCCAUCGAUGACGUAGCCAUGACAGAUAUUCACUGGCGUCACUUGGGUGGUGGCCACUUCCAGGUGGUCGAGUCCUGUCCGGCAGGUGUCACGUGGGCACUGGGCAACGACAAGACGGCGUGGGCCUACACGGGCGGCUAUGGAGGCGGUGUGUUCAAAGGCAUGACGGGCCACAACGUUCGGGUGGGACCCAUGUCGGACACCAAGUGCGUGUACAUCUACGAGAAUCAGCGCUGGAACCCCAUAUCGGGUUUUGCGCCCCGCGGCCUGCUCACUGACCGCUACAUGUGGAGUGAUGCCUCGGGUCUCGUCGAGUGCACCAAGGAGGGUACCAAGCUUGACUCCGUCCACUGGCACUGGGUGAGUGACUGGCAGGUGGACUACCACACAUCGGGAGGCGUGGACAAGAACGGGUGGCAGUACGCACCAGACUUUCCUUUCUCCUACCAUGGCUCCAAGGGCAUAACCGACUACGUGCGCCGCCGACGGUGGUUCAGACUUUGCCGACUGAACACGACAGGGCCAUGGGUCGAGGUGGAGCCGAUGCCCCUUCGUGACGUGUCACUUUCGCUCGAGUCCGGGCCAGGUCAUGUCGGUGAAAAGGGCGUUGCCCUGUGGGCAGUGUCUUCAACUGGAGAGGCGGUCUACCGAAAGGGUGUGACACCAGACUGCCCGCAGGGCAAGGCAUGGAUGCACGUGGCUGCGGAACAUCAGUUUGAGUCCAUCAGCGUCGGUGCCCAGCACCGGGUGUGGGCGAUUGGCCAGGACGGCUGGGCCUACAUGCGCAAUGGCAUAACUAAAGAGCGGCCUACAGGCACUAUGUGGUUCCACAUUGAGCCUCCUUCAAGUAGCACGACGCUGACAAAGAUUUCAGCAGGACAUGCCACCGUAUGUGCUAUCGAUGGUUCGGGCAAGCUGUGGCGUCGUGCUGAGGUCCUAGACGACUUCCCAGAAGGCACCACGUGGACCCUGAUGUCGGAAAAUGUCCAUGCUGUCUCCGUAGGCCCAGAGGACCAGGUAUGGGCUGUUGUAGAUGUAAUACGAAACAAAAGAGUCCUUCUGAGCCGAGUUCUAGCAAGGCGGAAAGGCAUCACAGAAGAAAAUCCUGUAGGAACGGAAUGGGAAACAGGAUAUGGGAUGAGUUGGCGGCACGUAUCCAUUCGUGGCUGUGCAAGGUCUUGAAGGCUUAAGUCUGGAAUAUGGAAAAGCAUUGUAAAGAUAAUUCCACUCAAGGCACCUCCCCGAUUAUCAUUUUAGAUGGUGCAACACUAACAAACCAAAGUUCAUCGUUUUCAGGGCGUGCGUUCCCUGCAAAGCCAUUUCCUUUAGACUGCGAACUUUUCACCCCUAGUAUUAUCUAUGUGAGAAUUUAUACAUAACACGUUCUCACUGCUCAUCAUGUGC